AUGGUGGGUCGAGAAGAGAUACAGCUUACCAGGGAAGUAGCCGAAGAUGUUUUGUAUGCGGGCGAUGCCCCAAUGAACGAGGGUUCUAUGCAUUUCUUACUUUCAUCUCCAGCCCUCGCUAUAUGCUUUCGUAUACUGGACACAGACAAACAUUUCGUUUCCAUAGUUCGGAAGAUACUUUACGAAGAUUUAUAUCCUCUGGAUGAAUCUGUUUCCACAACGGACCAGCCUCGACCGCGAACCGCUUUCGACAUUUACAAGUCCUACAGUCUACCCAAAGAAGAAAUCUUACGCAGACGCCGAGAGGAGAAGGUGAAAAGACGGGAGCAGGCAAAGGAAAACCGUGCUCGGAGACUGAGCGAGAUGCAACGAUUGGCGCGGCAAGCUAUUGAAGAGGCGAUACAGGCUAAGCGAGCCCAGAAGGAGAGACAGAAGCUGGAGCUGCUUAAAGCUGGUAAUCUCGCUGGUUUGGAAGACUUCGAACGAAACUCUCUCGAGUCUGAUAUCGAUAUCGUUAUACCAGAGGAGUUAUCAGACGCAGAAGUGGAGGAAGAGAGUGAGGAAGAAGACGAGAACGAAUAUUUCCCGCCAGCGGGUUUGGUGAUACCUGGUUUUUACGCGCCUCCCAACGAUAUAGCAAAAGUCAAUGGGCUAGCCAUCUUGUUCCCGAAGAUAGUGUCGGAAUAUGUGACGCCUCAACCGGAGUUCCUGCCACCGCACGUGCUGGUCUUAAUAGAUCUCACUAAGAGAUACAAAGCCAUAGAGAGCUUGGCUAGAUACCGAAAUGCAGUUAUACAUGUGAGUGCGAUGAGGAAUGAUAUGAAAUUGGCGUUCAUGCUGUCCAUAACAAUUGAUCUGCCACUGUUGGAGCUGAUGGAAUUGAAUCCGUAUUACGUCAGCCGCAAUCCGGAUAUGGGCGAGGAGGAGUGUGCAGCCAUGUUUCCAGUUGACUACGGCGACGUCUAUCCAGAGUUCGAAGAUUUCGAAUUUCUCAAUAAGGGAACGCGAUUAUCACUACAAAACAAAAAUCAAUGU